AUGGGUGCUGGAGGGUCGAAGCCCGGUGCUCAACAAGUAAAACAAGAAGCAAAAGUUCCAGAUUACUAUGAGAUAUUGGGCGUAGAAGAGUCUGCCACCUCGGAUGAGAUUAAAAGAGCGUUCAGAAAGCUAGCACUUGUUCAUCAUCCGGACAAAAACCCGGGGAACAUUGAAGAGGCCACUGCCAAAUUCGCCACCAUGCAACAGGCGUAUGAGGUCUUGAUCGACGAACAGGAACGAGCCUGGUACGAUAAUCAUCGGUACUCUCUUGCACCCGAAGCAGAUGAAGCGCAGAUAUUCGAGGAUAUUGUCAAAGGGUCCGGGCUGAAAACCAAACGGCGUCCGAAUGACCCAGGGCUGACGGCACGAAACAUUGAAAAGCUAAUGAAUCCGUCCCUAUGGAAGUCUAUGGACGAUUCAGAAACCGGUUUCUACGGCAUCUAUCGCAAUUUAUUCCGAAGGUUGGCGCUGGAAGAGGCUCAACACUCUGAUGGCGUCGAUGAUUGGCCCGAGUUUGGCGACUCGACAUGGCCUUGGGUCGCUGCGGACAAGGAUGACCAUCGAGCCGCCCGUCGGUUUUACAAUGCGUGGCUCUCCUUCUCGACUGAGAAGGAAUUUUCAUGGAUGGACUCGUGGAACCUCAGUGAAGCACCAGAGCGAAGAGUUCGGCGACUUAUGGAAAAAGAUAACAAAAAGGCGCGCGAAGACGCAAAGAAGGAGUAUAAUGAUGCCGUACGAGAUCUAGUACGCUUUGUGCGAAAGCGUGACAAGAGGUAUAAAGACUUUGUCGCAAGCCAAGCCGCCGCAUCUACGAUGAAAGCGACAUCCGCUCCGACCCAAACCAAGGGAAGCUCUACGCCUAUAGCGGCAUUCGUCGAGCAGGAUUGGCAAAAGGUUACGCUACCCGACGAUGGGUUCAACGCAGCACAUUUGGAAGAUGAAGAAGGAGAGGAAUGGGAGUGCGUUGCUUGCGGCAAGGCGUUUCGCAGCGAGGCGGCAUGGACGAGCCACGAGCGCAGCAAGAAACAUUUAAAGGAAGUUGAAAGACUGCAACGACAAAUGCUCAAGGAGCAUCGGGAGCUGUCCCUCGAUCCAAAUGAGGACGACGUUGGAAGUGUUUCGGGAGAUGAAAGGGUUGAGGAGAUAAAUAUGGAUGCGCAAAUUCCCGCAAGCGUCGACGAUGAUGGAGCGCAAGACGAAGAGAGGGCUUCCGCCACACCGCCACCUCAGUCCGACGAUGAUGCAUUGGAGAAACAGCCAAAGAAGAAAAAGAAGCAGCAGAAAGAGUCGAAUAAGACGGCAACCCCGAUCCGAAUGUCGAAAGCGGAAUUACGUGCCAAGCAGCGAGAAGACGCUCUAAACGCACGGAUGACCACUCUCUCGGACGAUGAGGAGACGGGAACAAGAGCAAAGAAACAGGGGAAGAAGAAGAGGAGAGGAGAUUCGGCAAUUGCCAGUGGAGCAGCAACACCUUUGACAGGCGGACAUGCCUCGACUCCAGCCCCAAAUGCUGAUUCAAUGCCGGAAGGCGACACAGCUUUGCUAGAAAAUGGUGCCAAUCAAGCACCAUUGGGAGAGAAUGAGGAAGAAGGACCAGCACCGAGUCUCUCGAAACGAGAGAAACGGCGAGCAAAAGAGGCGGCGAAGAACUCGCAACAACAGUCUGUGAAGGCUAUAAUACAGAAGUGCAACGUCUGCGACGAAGAGUUCGAUUCACGUACAAAGCUAUUCAAUCAUAUCAAGGACACGGGUCAUGCAUCCGCAUCGGGUGGAGCAGGGAGUUCGCGUCAAGGGGCCAAAGGGGGUAAACGCAGAUAG